AUGAGAAUAGAACCAGUUUACCAAUACGUUGACCUGAACAGCAUUGACGAGAACUUGUUGUGUCAAAUUUGCAACCUUCCUCUUGUGAAUCCAUUAACUCAUGCAGCGUGUGGCAUGAUGUAUUGUUUUAAAUGCAUUGAAUUGACAGAGAAUUGUCCAACAUGUGGUGGAGAAUCUCUCAAAUCUACAGCAAUUCCAGCACCAAAGAGUAUCACUAAUAUGCUUUCCAAGUUGAAAGUGAGCUGUGAAGAGUGUGGAAGUGUGAUGUGUAGAGGUGAAUUGAUCGAUCACAUUGAUAAUCAUUGUCCUGUCAUUAUUGCAAAGAAAGAAUCUCAACUUGAAAAACCCAUUCAUUUGAAUGUAAGAGGAGUUAUUAUGACCAUUUCAAAGAAACCAUUUAUUGAGAAUGAACCUGAUAACUUGUUUGGGAAAAUGUUUAUUGGUGAGAUACCAAUGCAUGCAACUCCAUCACCACUCUUUUCAGAUCCUGUUUAUUUCGUUGAUGUCGAUCCAACAAUUUUCAAACAUGUUAUCAAUUGGUUUCAAAAUUCAGUUCUAAAUGAUAUUCCAAAUUCAGAGAGAGUAGAAUUGCGACAUGUCUGUGAUUCGUACAAAUUGACAAAUCUUAAAAAGGAACUUGCUGAGAGUAUUGACCCACGUUUCAAAAUUGAUUCUCUAAUUUUACAAGAGUGUAUAUUGACUAAUCAAUUAAUGUCUGAAAUUUAUUUAGCAAUUGGUUGUAAAGAACCUCCUGAAUUGUUAUAUAGAGGAAGUAGAGAUGGUUUCCAAGCAGUUGAUUUCCAUUCAAGAUGUGAUUACAAAGGACCAACUCUUUCAAUUAUCAAAUCUGAGCAUGGAAAUAUAUUUGGCGGUUUCACAUCAGAGCAUUGGGAAGCAUUGCAAAUUAAUGACCACAAACUUGACCCUACAGCUUUCUUAUUUAAAAUUGAGAAUUCCACAUUCAAGCAAUUCGAACCCAGAAAUCAAAUUUGUCAAAGCUAUGCAAUGGGAUGUGGCAAAAAUGAUCUUUGUGUGUUUGGAGCUGGACAUGAUCUUCGCAUUGUAAACAAUUGCAAUUCAAGUGAAUCUUAUGCAAAUCUUGGAAGAACCUAUCAUUUACCAAAUGGAUACAAGUUUGAAACAGAAGAGGCAAGAAGCUACUUGGGAGGAAGCAGAAAAUUCAAAGUUACUGAAAUUGAGGUUUUCAGAAUUCCAGCUAUCGGAGGUUUUGCUCUUCCUGUCAUGGUUGGAUUUUUUUAA